UAAUAAUAAUAAUGAUAAACGGUGAGACGUUGAAAAUGUUGUUAGGUUGGAAAUAAAUGUUUCGUAGUUUCUUCGGAAGCAUUAGAAGUUCUAUCUCGUUAGAAUAUAUAUAUAAGUGUUAUUGUCAAGGUGCAUUUUGUGGUGUGUAUACGAUCGAUCGACAUGUCGCGAUAUAUUGCCGUCGAAUUUCGUUACGUCGAAUCGAAGAGGAAGAGGAAAUACGUACACACGUGGUUGUGGUGACCGAUGUUUGCACAGAGAGAAGAAUUCGAGGUUGAGAAACUGCCUCGAAGACGUAAAAGAGGAAGAAGAAGAAGAGGAAGAAGACGAAGAAGAAGAAGAAGAAGAGUAAGUGGAGGACAAGGACGAGGAAGAAGAGGAGGAGGAGGAGGAGAAGGAGGAGGAGAAGGAGGUGGAGAAGGAGGAGAAAGAGAAAAAGAAAGAGAUAGAGAUAGAACAAAUUCUCUUCGUUUAUUGUUGAAUCAAAAUUGCGAAUAAAAGAAAGGAAAAAGGAAAAAAAAGAAAAAGAAGAAUAAAGAAAUAAAUAAAAAAAGGGAGAAGAAGAAGAGGAGGAAGAAGAAAAAUAAAACGGGGAAAGAAAGGGGGAGAAGGAGAAGCAAAAAAAAAAAAAGAAAAAAGAUAAACAGAUAUAAAACUACAACGAAAACGUAAGGAGAUACGACGAUAAUCAUUUUCGUCAUCAUGGCUUACGUACUUUGGCGCGUCUUCGUUAAGAAGUAUUACAAAGUUCGCUUUGGCGUCAGAAAUCCAUUGGUGAUACCGGCUGAUCGUCGUUUACCAGAGAAAGAAGAAAUAUGGACAUUACCGAAUGAUCAACAAGAAACAUCAUCCACAUCGUUAGACGAGCUCGCCGAUGAUAAAUCCAAGAUAUCGCAGGAUUUUGAGAAAAAUGUGUCAUGCAAAACGCAACAAAAAGAAUCAUUAACAUCGGAUAAUACAGAUAACAGCGUGGACGUUAAUUUGCCACGUAGUCAGGAAACAAGGAAGAGUAAAACCAAGAGAGUUAAGAGUUAUCUUCGAAAAUGCAAGGGUGCAUUGUCGAAGGGUGACGAAAACGUUGUCGAAAAGAAACGCCAAGAGAAUUGUACGUCUUGGUAUCUUGAGGAUAAUCAAUCGUUAUCAUCGACACGUCGCGAUCACGAGGAAUCAGAUGAUUAUAUAGAAAAAUAUACGGAUCUGUCGGAUCAAAGAUUAAACGAAGAAAAAUAUGAUCGAGAAGUUUUAACGAAUUUCGAUGAUCACAUUGAUGAUCCAUUAUUAUUCGUUAAAUCAUCGAAGAACGAUGAUGAUGAUGAUGAUGAUGAUGAUAAUAAUAGGAUCGUUGUCGUUGAAAGUGAAAGUAGAACGAACGUUUCCUUAGAGAAGAAAGAUGACGUAGAUUUGUCCGUCGAUGAAAUUUGCAAUAACGAAAGAAAAUCUCAUAUACGAAAGGAUAACGAUAAGGAUAUUAUCGAUACGUAUGAUUCGAUAACGACGAUCGUUAAUCUAUCCAAGGAUGAUACGUAUUUGAAAAAGUGCGAUUCUAAUGAUACACUUAUAGCGACCGAAGUUUCACAUGAUUUAAGUGUUAAUGAAUUUAACGUUGUGGAUUUGAAUUCUACGAACAUUACAAGAGAUAUUGAGAACGAUGAAAAAACAAAUCCUUUACGAGCGAGGAGUGAAGGAGGAGGAGGAGGAGGAGGAGGAAAAGAAGAAGAAAGGAACGAAGAUAAAGAAGAAGACAAAGGUGGAUCGAGAGAUAUUGAAGUCCCAUUGAUUUUACCUCUACCUGCGGCUCGCGGUGAUGUCGCCUCCUUAGUAAGGAAUCUACUUGGACCAAUUUAUGGCGAUGGUGUUAUCAAUCUUUUGAUAAGACAGGCCCGUGACAUUUUAGUAUGCGCUUAUCAUGGAAACCUGGAGAACUUUGUCAAGUCUUAUCUAUCACCAGCUGCGUUUCUACUCUCCAAGGUGAAAAGCGUCGCCUCAGAAACGGGUAAUGAAUUAGUGGUGCCUGAAGGUUGGCCUCUUACGAUAGGCGGGAGAGCCCUUGUCCUCCAGCUGGGCGAGCUCGAAGCUUCGGCACUAAGACUCGGGGAAUGUUACCUCUGCGUGCGGAGUGCAGCCGUAACUGCGAGCACUUUGUCGAGCGGUGCCGUGGCCGCUGCUGCUGCUGUUGAAAUCGUCGAGCGGAAUACCGUCGAGAUAGCAGUGAUCUGGCGAGCAACGUCGAUGAGGGCCCCAGGGAUCCUCGGUUGGGAGCGCGAGGACGAGUUUAUGGAUUGGCGAGAGCCAUCGCGAAAAACUCAACACGGUUCAACAACAACAACGACAACAACAACAACAACAAUAACAACAACAACAACAACAACGACGACAACGACGACGACGACGGGCCCGAAUAGCGGUGCUAGUACAAGUGCGACAUUGACGGUAGCCCGAGCACGUCGUAGGUCGCGAGAAACUGGUAAAAUUUAUAAGGAAGAGGAAGAUAGAUCGAAGGAAGUUAAAGAAGAAGAAAAAGAGUCCGAUGUUGGGCAUACGAUGUUGACGGCUAUGACGCCGGUAACGAAAUCGAGUUCGGUGUCGAGCGUCAUAGGUUGGAAGAACGAUAUAGAAGAUAACGAAGGUGUUUUCGAAAAAUAUUCUCAACAACAACAACAACAACAGAUACAACAACAGAUACAAGAAGAAUCAUACGAGGAAAGUUUCGAAUCUUUAACUAGUCUUUCGGCAAAAGUGAAAAGGUGCGCCAAAGUAAUAUCAUCAACUACGAUGGAAAAGUGGAAGGAAAGUGGUAGAUGCGAGAUGAGAAGCAGGCCGAUAGCCCCUGAGGAUUUAAAGAGUCCCCUUAGGUUGGAGCAACUCGUAGCAAGGCAGGAAGUUGAUACGAGGAGGGAAACGAGGAAGGAGCAACUCGAGGAACAUCAACAACGGUUCCAGAAGGCUCGACACCUCGAGGACGUUACCGACGAGGAACUGCCGACUUACAUCGCCAAUCUUCUCGUCACCGUUGAACGAAAGAUCGAGAGGGUCUCCCUCGAUGAUCUUACAUUUCCCUGUCCUGCAUGUAGGAACAUAGACACGGACGAUCCUCUUCUUGGAUGCAAGUGUGCCGGUGAGGAUUGUGCCUGCGGCGAACACGGUGCUGAAGACGAGUGUGAUUGCGGUCUGGCAUCUUCCUCUUCUCUAUCUACUAAAUCAAGGAAAGAUCAAUGUGCUAGAAGCUUUGAAGUUGCUGGUAUCAAGCAUAUCGAUAGCGACGACGAGGAGGAAGUUCGUAUGGGAUUCGGAACGAAAAAACGAGUCGACGAAGUCACUUCACCCAGAACGAUUCAUGAUAUACCGGAACACGUUUUGACAUGUGGUCUUACAUUGCCCGGAUAUACGGAUACAGCAGGGAGACCAGUUCUCGAAUUCGAGGACACAACGAAGAGGGAAAACCUCACAGUUAAGGAGAUAUCAUCCUUUUUGCUCUACCUCGCCCGUUUGCCAAGUUCGGAACAGACGAAGGAUGGAUUGAGCCUUCUAAUUCUUGGCGAAUCUAACGAAUGUUUGGAUCUAUUGGACAAAGCGUUGGUUCUAUUACAAGGAAGAAUCAACGUGAGUCAUGCUUUCGUUUUACGAAGUACCAAUACAGAAAACUCAAUGAACGACUCCAUGUUACCUCUAAGUCGUGUUAAGACAAUUGUAAUAACAGACACGAUUAACAAUAAAUUUAUACAAAGAGAAAGGCGCGAGGUGAAUUAUGAUCAAACGCAAUGGAUAACAUUUUACAAGGAAUAUGAUGGGCUAAUGAGCGAAUGGCAUGCAGCUGGACGAAGAUUAGCGCUCGAAAUGUCAGAGUUAAAGGAAUGCACGAGUUUGUCUGGCACCUUGACGCCUCUCGGUCGGCUCCUAACGGACCCAACAUUGAGAAGAACGUCCAGGGAUGCUGAAGUAGCCAUUGCGGCUUUGGAGGAGCGGGCUACGUCACUUUUACACGUCGAUUACGUCAAAUCAUCUCUACAACGAGCAAGAAGAUUGAUGGAGGAAGUCGGUAACGCGGCAACGAGAUUGGAGUCAUCCUUUGAAUCACGUCGAGCAACUAUACGCAAUCUUGCUGUACUCCGUAGUAUCGAGGAUCAGGCACACGAGGUAUUGUCGUGGCUUUGCAAGAAAGGGGAGGACGUAUUGUCAAAACACGCACAGCACUCGGCGACAACGCUAACGGCAGCACGUCAUCACGAGAGAGAAUUCGAAAAGUUUUAUUUUACGUCGAUGAGACAUAUCGACAAGGGAAGCGACCUCGCAGAGGCGGCGAGUGCGAGCGGACUUCGUGAACUCGCUCGAUCCUUGAAACAACAUCUUCGAGGAUUUGGUUCCAGGUUGGAGGAUCGACGCGAGUAUCUCGAGGAUACGUCGAGAUGCUGUCUAUUGCAGGACCGUGCUUACGAGUGGGCGCAGGAGGCUCGCGUGGCCGCCGAAAGGAGAUCCCAACAAUUUCUAAUGGCGAGGCCACCACUCCCACCGGAACAUUUCAACGAGAUGAUGGCGCUCGCUGAAAAGCUCGGUAACGAGAUACUUCUUGAACAAUGUCGCAUAGCUAGGAAUAAGUGUGCGGAAGCUCUUGAAAUUGCUAGGACUUCUUCGGCACCUGGCUCGCCAGCUAGAAGAAGAUCCUUUGCCACUUCGGAUUCUUCGACAUCGUGGGACGAUAGUUUGACGAAGAGGACUUCAUGGGACGAUAGCGAUAGCACCGCAUCUUACGCAUGUCCGAUGGAAAGUGUUGGAUCCGGUGGAAGCGGAGGUCGGCCGGUAUUGGACAAUAUAGCGGAACUUUGGGAAAGUGCCGAACAACUUCUCGAUUGUUCUCCACCAAGAACACCACCGAGAAGUCCAGCGCCACGAAGAUUGGUCAAACCUCCUGUUAAUUCGCACCUUCAUAGGGCGGCUAGUAUAGCACCCGGAAUGAAAGCAAAAAAAACGAUACUACUUAUAAUGAGAGAGAUGAUACAAACCGAACGAGACUACGUGAAGUCGUUGGAGUAUAUAAUAGAGAAUUACAUACCUGAACUGGUGCGAGAGGAUAUACCUCAGGCAUUGAGAGGUCAAAGAAAUGUGAUCUUUGGUAAUGUUGAGAAGAUCUAUGAAUUUCAUAGUCAACAUUUUCUACGGGAAUUAGAACAAUGUGAACAAUCGCCAAUGCUCGUGGGACAAUGUUUCCUAAGACACGAAAAGAAAUUUUAUCUCUAUGCUCUAUAUAACAAGAACAAACCAAAUUCGGACUCGUUAAUGGCCGAAUACGGUACGACAUUUUUCAAACAAAAACAAAUGGAACUAGGAGAUAAAAUGGAUCUUGCGAGUUAUCUAUUAAAGCCCGUUCAACGUAUGGGAAAAUAUGCAUUGUUGCUUCAACAAUUGGUAAAGGCAGGGACGGAUCUAUCCGAACAAAUGUCUGGUAAAGAUGAGAAAGAAGAAAAAGAGGAUGGCGUUAAACCGGUAGUAGAGGGGGAAGCUGAUUUAAGGGCUGCAGAACAGAUGGUACGGUUCCAACUUAGGCAUGGAAAUGACCUCCUGGCUAUGGACUCCCUCCGAGAUUGCGAUGUAAACGUAAAAGAGCAAGGCAGGUUAUUACGGCAAAAUGAAUUCUUGGUUUGGCAAGGCAAAGGAAAGAAGUGUCUUCGUCAAGUUUUCCUCUUCGAGGAUCUAAUACUUUUCAGCAAAGCUAGAAGAUUUCCCGAUAGAAAGAACCUUGAUAUAUACAUCUACAAGCACAGCAUCAAAACGACGGAUAUAGGUUUAACCGCUGUUAUCGCGGAUUCACCAACUAAAUUUGAGAUUUGGUUCCGCAAGAGGAAGCCCGGAGACACUUACACGUUGCAAUGUGCAAGCGAGGAGAUAAAAAAAGCUUGGACCGAGGAAUUGAGCAAUCUUCUUUGGAAGCAGGCGCUUCGAAACAGAGAAGUGCGCCUGGCAGAGAUGUCGAGCAUGGGCAUAGGAAAUAAACCUUGUUUGGACAUUAGGCCUAGCGCUAAUCAAAUAAACGAUCGUUCGAUCAGCGUAGCUCAACUAUCAAAAACACCCAGAUUUAGAAACUCGAUAGCGGUCUCGAUGUCAGAGGAUUCUGGACGUUGCAGUAGAAGACCACAUAGUGUCAUUUCAGUAAGUUCAUCCUCGAGUAGCGGUGGUAGCAGUGGACCACCAACCACCCAUAAUCUUGGUUUGGAUACCAGUCCUCGACCUCAUCAUCGAAGCACUACUUUGAAUAGUCAGUGCAGCGUUGAAAGCGGAAUAAUAGCUGAUAUAUCGAUCGUCUCGGACGACGGAGGUGAUGGUACCGAAAGGAGCCAUUGGAAUUCGACGUUGGAAAGUCCAAUGUCGCAUUUACCAACAACGUCGACGCCAUUACAAUCGCCGAGCAGUGCAACGAUGGCAACAGUUACCACAGCUUCAUCAUCGGAUACCAAUCUUACGCCUUACGAUCAAGACAUGUCCAUCAAUCUUUGAACUAUAAAUCGUUCGACGACGUCCAAACGAGUUGAAACUCUCGAAAGGACAGAAAAUAGAUAACGCGUGGUGUUGAUUCACUCGCAUUAACUACUACAUAAAUACGUCUAUGUCUCUACCUAUCUAUCUAUCUAUAUAUAUCUCUCUCUCUCUCACUCUUUCUCUUUCUCUUUCUUUUUCUCUCUCUCUCUUUUUCUCUCUCCCUCUCUCUCCCUCUCUCUCUCUCUCUCUCUCUCUCUCUCUCUCUCUCUCUCUCUCUCUCUCUCUCUCUCUCUCUCUCUCUCUCUACGUUCGAUGUAGCGUGAUGCAUGGUGGUCUAUAAGUGGCAUAUUAGAUACAUAGGUGCAAAGAGAGAGAGAAAUAAUAAUAUUCUACGGGCGUAACGUAACGUUUAAACUAUAUAAUAAUUUUUUUCUUCUGCGAAGGUAAUUAUACCGUUAAAAUGAAACAAAAAGGGAGGAAAAGGAAUAGGAAAGAAAAAAAAAAAGAAAAAGAAAGAAAAACGAGAAGGAAAGAAAGAAAGAAAGAAAGAAAGAAAAAGAAUUCUGAAAGGAAGAAGGACGAGUAAAAAAUUGUGCGUUUGGAAGACGACAGUGUUCAAUCGACUAAUCGCUCUUGAAUUACGCUUUUUAAAGACGAUUUCCUCUGCGACCUUCGACCGUUGUAAUCACGCUGAUCGAAAAGAAAAAGAAAAAAAAAAAGAAAAAAAACCAAGGAACGACCCGUUCCCGUCGUCGUUUGCUGUCCAAGAGAGUCGUGCGACGCUAAUAUUGAAAUAAAUAAAUGAAUACAUAAAUAAAUAAACAAACAAAUAAAUAAAUAAAUAAAUAAAUAAAUAAGUAAAUAAAUACUACCGAGUGAGUCUAUCUUUUGAUACGCUUUAAUUCCGCGGGCACAGCGCGAUAUUAAUUAUGUUUGUCGACGCCGACCUUAAAAUCGUGUUAGCAGGAUCACUGAUUUUUUUCAGAAGCAAACACGAUACGUAUUUUCUUAUUAAAGAAAAAAAAAAAUAAUAAAAUAAAAUAAAAUAAAAUAAAUAAAUAAAUAAAUAAAAAAUACAAAAAAAAAAAAAAAUAAAGAAGAAGAAAAACAAUCUUUCCGAUUUCGUAAUAACGUAUGUUCGAAAACAUAAAAUAUAUUUUACGUGCGUUUAGAUAAGUACGCUCUUCUCCUUAUCGACGUAAAUAUACGCUACAAUAUUACAUUAAAUUCGGUGACAUUAUUGCACCAAUAAUCGGUCUAUGUUUAUUAA